CUCGACUUGCAGACGCCCCUCAGAUAAGAUCACACUUACUGAGAACCAGUAGUUGAAAUUCUGCGGCGGGUACUGAAGCGCCUAGCGCUGCAUUGCCAGCCACGUUGGCACACUUCAAACACAGAUACAAAAUUCAAUAUGGAUAACAAGAUGGUGACAUUAAGCGCUCUAAUGGUGAUCUUCCUCGUGGCCCAGUCAACAGCUUUUAUCCUGGAUAAUGAGAAACUGGUGGAAUUCAACCGCACCAAGAACUGGGACAUCCUGCGCUCCUACCUGGUCCCGGCUCUGAAGAACAACAGCAUCGAGGCCCACGACCAGGCGCAGGGGAUCCCGUCGACCGAAUACGAGCCGAUGUACCGCAUCGGGCGGGAGGGCUACAACGCGCUGGCGGACGAGCUGGCGAUCGCCAAGUCGGGCGCCGAUCUCGUCGACAGCUCGGGCCGCGCCAUGCUGCACGGCGCGACGCUCGGGCUCAAGGUCGGCACGGCGCGGCUGCUGCUGGCGCGCGGGGCCGACAUCCAGGCGAGGGACAGCCACGGCAACACCGCGCUGAUCCUGGCCGCGCGGGUCGGCUCCUUCCCGCUGGUGCAGUACCUCGCCCGCCGCGGCGCCGACCUGAACUCCGCCGACGACCAGGGCCGGACGGCGCUGCACUGGGCGCUUGCCAACCACGACUGGGCCAUGGCCGAGUGGCUGGACGACCACGGGGCUCUCCUUCCGCCCGGGAGGAUGCUCCUGGAGUCGGCUCGGGAGGCCGAAGUGGUGAUGUGAGUGGAGAUGCUUCCUAUGACGGUGAAAUAGUUCUGCAACCUUCUGACACACCUACAAGUGUUCUUAAGUACUCCCCGGGUUAUUGUAUUGUUUAGCAUUACUAUGUAGCCUAACUAACCUUCGCAUAUAUUACUGUAUUUGUAUUGUCUACUUAUUCAUUUGUUAACUAUUUGGGUGAAAUAAAUACUUCAUAUCUA